CAUAUUUUUAUUAUUUAUCAGGGCACGAAAGUACCGUAUGUAAUUAAGUAAAAAUCUUCAAAUAUGCAGAAUGUUCUUGAUUCAGAUAGUGAAGACGAAUUACCGCCUGGCUGGGAAGAAAAGUCUACAGAAGAUGGAAAUGUUUACUUUGUAAAUUCUUAUACAAAAAAGACCCAGUGGACCCAUCCUCACACGGGCUGCAAGAAGGUUAUUCCAAAAGAUUUACCGUUUGGCUGGUCUAAAACAGUGGAUGAAACCAGCAAAACAAUCUAUGUCAAUAGAGAAACUGGUAAUAAGACGUAUGUAGACCCAAGACUUGCUUUUGCAAAAGAAGAGAAGAAGCAUGUGCACGACUUUAGACAGAGGUUCGAUGGGUCAUCUACAGCAUACCAGGUUCUCCAUGGUGUUGAUUUGUCUGGUAAGUAUGCCUUGAUAACUGGUUCUAAUACAGGUAUAGGCUAUGAAACUGCUAAAUCAUUAGCCAGGCAUGGAUGUAAUAUAUUAUUUGCAAAUCGUAAUAUGGAAGCUACAGAUAAAGCUAUUAAGGAGAUUGUGAAAGAAACAAAUGCAUCAGAAGAAAAUUUAAAAUCUAUAUAUUUGGACUUAGCUUCAUUAGAGAGUGUCAAGCAAUGUGCUCAAGCGGUCGAAACAGUUUUCUCUGACCAUUUAGACAUGUUAAUACUGAAUGCGGGUGUAUUUGGCCUGCCAUACACAGAGACUCAAGAUAAACUAGAGACUACUUUUCAAGUUAAUCACCUAAGCCACAUGUAUUUUGCACUGCUACUUGAGCGACUGUUGAAACGAGGUUCCAGAGUAGUAUUUGUGUCAUCAGAAUCACAUAGGUUUGCCAAUUUAACAAAUAUUUUUACUAAUCAAAAUCUUGCAAUGACAAAAGAUCAAUACUCUGCUAUGAUGGCAUAUAAUAAUUCCAAAUUAUACAAUGUCAUAACAGCAAAGAUGUUAAGCGAAAAAUGGAAGGCAAAAGGUAUAUGCGUGAAUUCUCUGCAUCCAGGUAAUAUGGUAUCUACAAACUUGAGCAAAUCGUGGUGGCUGUAUAGAUUGGCAUUCUUUUUAGUAAGGCCCUUCACUAAAUCUUUGCAACAAGCAGCAGCGACGACUGUCUACGCAGCGACCGCCUCAGAGCUCGAAGGCGUCACCGGAUUGUACUUCAACAACUGUUUCUAUUGCGAAGAGUCUGCGCUGGCAAGGGACAAAGAAAUAGCACAAGCCGUCUACGACAUGUCGCUUAGGCUGAUCGAAGAUAUCUCGAAGACAUGAUCGCGGAUAAUUUGUGAAAUAUUGUCGUACGUUAUAAAUAAAGUAAAAUCGGGCAUAGUUGUGAUACGAUGACUGUACGGAAUUGUUUUUAUAAGGCGAAAAGGAUUGACGUCACUUCACAUCGUACAUUGAUGUAUCGUAAACUCAAAUGAGAAAAAGGGGUAAUAAAUGUAAAAAUAUG